GCACAAUCACCAGUCUGCCGCUUAUACUUGAGAGGCAGACGAGCUUUGUCUCCUUCUGGGCGACGAGUAUAACGACGUAUUGGUUCAUCUUUACCUUGAGAAUGGCUGACGCGGAGCAGAAGGCCAUGCAGCUGAUGGCGGAGGCUGAGAAGAAGCUCAGUUCCUCCAAAGGCUUUCUCGGCUCUCUGUUUGGGGGACCUUCAAAGGUUGAUGAAGCCAUGGAUCUAUAUCAACAAGCUGCAAAUAAGUUUAAGAUGGCCAAAAAGUGGAACUCGGCUGGACAUGCAUUUACCGAGCUUGCAUCAUUGCAUGCCAAAGCUGGAUCUCGUCUGGAUACAUAUACCAUAUUUCUUGAUGCUUCUAUAUUGGAGCGGAGUCUUGAGGUGGAAUCUGUCAACAGUUUGUUGAAGGCCAUUGAAAUUUACACGGACAUGGGAAAGUUUACAAUGGCUGCCAAACACCAUCAGUCAAUUGCAGAUAUAUAUGAAACUGAGGUUGCAGAUAUAGAAAAAGCCAUCCAGCACUAUGAACAGGCUUCUGAUUACUUCCGUGGUGAGGAAAACAAUUCAUCAGCAAAUAAGUGUCUCCUGAAGGUAGCGAUGUUUGCAGCACAGAUGGAAAAUUAUGAAAAGGCCAUCCAAAUUUAUGAAAAGGUGGCAACAAGUUCCCUUGAAAGCUCUUUACUCAAAUACAGUGCUAAGGAAUACAUGUUCCGAGCUGCGCUGUGUCAUUUGUGCAUUGAUUUAACUAAUGCUAAGAUUGCAGUGGAGAAAUAUGAAGAAAUGUAUCCAGCAUUCCAAGAUUCCCGGGAGUGCAAAUUGCUUAAGGCACUUACAAACCAUCUCGAGGAGCAAAAUGUGGAUGCAUUCACCGACACAGUAAAGGAUUACGAUUCAAUUUCGCGGCUUGACCAGUGGUAUACUACAAUGUUACUAAGGAUCAAGAAAUCAAUCAAUCCUGAGGACAUUUGCUAAGAUGCUUCAUUAAAGUUAAAAAGAAAAAAGGCAGGCAUAACAAUGAAGUGCUAAAAUGGAAAGCAAUAACUAGGAUGAUUAAUACUGUGGUACUAUAUAUGUAAACAUGACUAAUGCUUUGUGGGAAUGGCUUAAUUACAAUCCUUUCUGGCUUGCUGCAGUGUGCAGCUCAGGAUGGUUGUAAUAUUGGCUUGCAGUUUUGGUAAUUAUCCAAAAGUGAAUAGCUUGCCUGGGUACUAGGGAGCUAUAAAGCAUUAUAAUCAGUCACUGAAGGAGUAAUUUUACAAGGUUAUCAUGCAUUUCCAGCAUUAUGUAGUUACUGUUAGCUUGAUUUAAAAAAAGUAAACAAACAUUGUUGAAGCUCAUUAGCAGUGUAGGGAAAUAAUGAGCUUUCUGAAUAUUAUAUAGACCUACAUGUGUGGCAAUGGAUUAUACAAAGGCAUAGCAUGUAUGCAGAACUUAGAUAUUUAAAAAUUAAUUAAAAUUUUAGAAUGUGCUGCAGAAGAGGGUAGAAAAAUAUAGCACAUCAUCCUAGUAGGGUAUAUUCUGUACCCAGAACUUUCCCCAUCAUUUAUGUGCUUGAAUAGUAUGCCAAAGCCAUGAAAUUCGUAAGUAGCAAGAACCUCGGAUCCUAAGCUUACAGAUUUUAGUUACUAGGAGAAUUGUAUGUCACUGAUAAAGAUGGCCAACAUUGCCAUUAUAUGUAAUAUUGGGGCAGUCGAAUGGUGGAGUGGGAACUGAUGUAAGCCAUUUAGCAGUUGUACGUUAUCAAAAAUGAUUGUAAUGAAAAACUUUAUUCUUAUUAAUGCUAUACUUAAUGGAUCUUUCACUUUUGUUACAAAUUAAAUACAGUAUGAAGAAAUUAUCUAGUUGCAGGUGUUGGGGAAAUUUUGGUUGAUGAUGAAUGUUUGACAGACUAUAAAAAUAUACAGUAUUGCAGUGUCAGUGCAUUGCAUAUUUAUUAACAUCACUGUCAACAAUUGCCUGAUACUACACUGUGCAUUGUUUUAUGCAUAAUGCAAACUAAAGUUAAUUUUUAGUAAUUUCCUUACGUACUUAAUAAAACAUAAAACGAAUAUUCUUGGUUUACUUGCAGAGUAUAUAUCUGAAGAACAAUAAAGCUGUCUUUAGAAUUGGAAUGUUUCCUUUGAAUAAAUAUAGUAUUUUUUCAUGUUAAACUGACAUUCCUGCAUUUAUAGAGAUUUGUAUUUGGUUUCAAAACUAUAAAUUAAUAAGGCCUUUUUGAAUAGUUAAUGCAAACAAACUAAAUUUUAUCACUUUUUUUUUUUUCUAUAGCAACAUGUAAGGUAAGGGUUGUAUGAGGGGCUACAUGACCUAGUAUCCUUAUUAAAAUGACAGCUAAGUGUUUCAUGCUUGUGGACUUCCUUAAAAUUACAUUUAGAAACCGUAAGUACAUGCACUGCAAUAGUUGAUUUAUUGAUAAACAUCAUCAUACCCAGUUGUUUUCAUGUACAAAAAUGUAAAUGAAACUAUUAGAACCAAGUUUUGUGCAAAUACAAUACUUAUGAUAGAUUUUUUAAAUUGUCACUUCUUCAAAUACAGUACUGUACAGUGCUUUGAAUUUUUGGAAUAAGUAUUGGUAAUUAUUCAUCUACACCAGCUUAUGGUUUUGAAGUCUACACUUAAUCUAUCACAGAAGCUGUGAAUGAAACAUAGUCUUUUAAUUUGGUUAUUAAAGACUUGAAAGUUAUUAUUUCUUUCUAAACUGUUGAAAGAUGAGCUACAAUACUGAGAGACCUGUUUUAUGUAGUGAUCAUUAUUUUGUUAAAGAUUUUAAUGUUAUCUGCAUGCCUGUUUAGAAACUUUUUAUUAAAUAUUAAAUCAUAUGCACAAUAAACAUACUUUUCAAAUCCCUUUUAUAAUUUGAGAAUGGUAUAAUUAAGGACUGAUCAUAACAUUGAUCUGUGAAUGUUCAUGAGCUUGAGAUUGAGCCUCCAAUUGAUUCAAGUCACUAAACAUUAUAUGUAGCGCUUACGUUGUUUUCUGCUCAAUCAUAUUUUGACAACUUUUCUUGCAAAUAACAUGCCAUAUCGAAAUGACAUUGAUGCAAUGUCUGCAUUGUAUCGGAUGUUGUAAUUUAUUAACAGUUGCACAAAGUGCUCACUUUUUUUUUAUGCUAUAGCCAAUAUUUCCAAUUGUUAUUGUAGGAAGUUACUUGUGCAACAGGAAUUUACAGCCAAAUAGAUUUCUCAUGACAUCUCUAAUGUCAAAAGGGAGAAUUUGUGGGCUUCUUCCCACAGUUUUUUACCCCCUUACAGUUGCAGUAUUAACUCUUACACUGACGAUCAUUUCAAGUCUCAAAAAAAGAAAGUGUUAAGCAAGGUUGGCAAUAUAAAGGGAUAAAUAAGAUCUAGUCACAUUGAGAGAGUUAAGGUGAUAAUUGUCUAACUUUAAUCCUGGUUAAAAAAAAGUCAUUUUAUUUGAAAAUAAAAUGGAAAGAUGUUUAAUUUAAUUAGAUUUAGCCAUAAGUGAAGCAGGGAUACCCAAAGAAGGGUUCUGUUCCGAGCAAAAAGGAGCUUAAGCCACAAUUUCCAAAUGUUUCCUGGGUAAGUUUAGUUUGUCUUUAAAUCUUGUGUGUGCACUUUGUGAUUUUGUAAAAGUCAUCAUAACUAUUUAAUUCAUAAUAAAUGCUAGCUGAUUAGAGAAACAUUCUGGUGAUAUUUCUUGGUGAUAAUAGAUGUCUGAAUCCUCAUAAUUCCAAGUACAGUACAUUACAGUACUCAUGCUGUACUGAGCUUUAUUUUUGUGUAUGGAUGGUAACCAGCUAAGGUUGGAGGGAACAGUUUCAUUUGCCAAUUUUAAAGCAAAUAAUCUUCAGAAUGUUUACAAUUUUUUUUUGUUUGCCAAAUAAAUUGUGAUACAUGAUUAAAUCUAUAUAUAUUAUAUUAUCCUAUACACAAUGUACUAAUAAGCCAUUAUUGAAAUUGUAUUAUUCCUGCUCAUUUGCUAUUUUACAUUAAAAUGUUUCUAUUUAAUCUUAUUUUACCAUCAUAGUGUUUUUUUUGGUUGUCAUGUGAGGCAAGUGUAUGUGGCCACAGCUGUCAAGUAAGGUUGUUGCAGACUUUGUGAUAUUUAUGCAUGAGUAUUAUACCAAGUUUUCUCUUAGAGCUGUUCUUGAACGUUUCAAGUUGUGCUAGCAAAUAUGUAUAAGGUAAUCUUCAAUGCUAUUUUCUCAAAUUCUCUGUGUAGUGGUAGUGACGACUAUUGAAAUGUACUUGUGUCUAGUUUUUGUAAAUAAAACUUUCUCAGUAC